AUGUGUUGGGAGCCCUGUGUUGGCAGCCCUGUGUUGGGAGCCCUGUGUUGGGAGCCCUGUGUUGGGAGCCCUGUGUUGGAAGCCCUGUGUUGGGAGCCCUGUGUUAACAGCCCUGUGUUGGGAGCCCUGUGUUGGGAGCCCUGUGUUGGGAGCCCUGUGUUGGCAGCCCUGUGUUGGGAGCCCUGUGUUGGGAGCCCUGUGUUAGGAGCCCUGUGUUGGGAGCCCUGUGUUGGGAGCCCUGUGUUGGGAGCCCUGUGUUGGGAGCCCUGUGUUGGCAGCCCUGUGUUGGGAGCCCUGUGUUGGGAGCCCUGUCCCUGUGUUGGGAGCCCUGUGUUGGGAGCCCUGUGUUGGGAGCCCUGUGUUGGGAGCCCUGUGUUGGGAGCCCUGUGUUGGGAGCCCUGUGUUAGGAGCCCUGUGUUGGGAGCCCUGUGUUGGGAGCCCUGUGUUGGGAGCCCUGUGUUAGGAGCCCUGUGUUGGGAGCCCUGUGUUGGCAGCCCUGUGUUGGGAGCCCUGUGUUGGGAGCCCUGUGUUAGGAGCCCUGUGUUGGGAGCCCUGUGUUGGGAGCCCUGUGUUGGGAGCCCUGUGUUAACAGCCCUGUGUUGGGAGCCCUGUGUUGGGAGCCCUGUGUUGGGAGCCCUGUGUUGGGAGCCCUGUGUUGGGAGCCCUGUGUUGGGAGCCCUGUGUUAG